AUGGAAAAGCGGAGCAGUUGUGCCCGACGGAGUGUCGAGUGUGCGCAGAGAUGGAGCCGGAAAUUACCUAAAGAAGAAAGCAUUCAAACUGCAUCAAGGACGAAGAGAUCGUGCAGGUCACGGGUGGGGGCCCAUUGCCGAUAUCGGUCCAACUGCCUUCCAAGAUGCACUUGGACUCUGUCGCGUGUCGCUGGCAUUAAGUUAUUCCCAGAAAAUUUGAAUAAUUGGUACUUUGGUUUUUUACUCGGUGAACUUAAGAGGGAUUUUAUUCUGCUCGUAUUUAGCGAGUGGUCUGGAGGCUGGUUUAUCACUCCCUUCGCGGCUUUCGAGGUGUUUAUUUUAGUUGAGAAGUGCUUCCUGAUGUUCGCGGAUAUGGAGAGACUGUUUGUGAUCGUUUGUGCACUUGGGGCUGUGAGAUCGGAGAAGAUGGAACGAUCUGUUGCCGCUGAGGAUUACAAUCAUAAUUACGUCAAUUCCAAUUAUCAUCAAAGGGGGGUUCAGGAUAACAGAAUUGAUGAGUUUCCAAUAAACAGGGCUUACGACCGUCAAACGGAGCGAGAAGCCGAGUACGAAAUCUACAGACUGUUGUCCAGUGCGCAAGGCCCAGCGGACAUGGUGAAAUUGGACGCCCUGGGUGAUCAUUUGAUAUCCCGAGCGAACGUGACAGAAGAAGCACGAAGAGUAGUGAGACAGGUCAAGAAGCAGCGGCCAGGCUUCUUCUGGUCGCUCUUCAAGAUCGCCUUCGAGGAUUUGAGCGACACAGUGUCAACGGUGCAGGAGAUCAUCAGGAUCGUUAACAAAGCGAUUACCCCCCCGUCGACGACGACGGCGAAAACCCCGUUGGCCACUGGGCCUAGUAACGGCACAAAAACGACUACUGAAGCUCCAUUCGUGCUCACUGCGGAGGGCAUUGCCACCACCAUCAGGAGAAAUCUCAAAGGGCUUAUUAGACUGUUUAAUAUUGAGUGGAAAGAUGCCAUUGAUGGGUCAAAAGUCAGUAUUCGUGAAUUCAAGAAGGACCUAGGAAAGAGCAUAGCGACUUCCCUCGCAGACAACCCCAACGCUUACGUAUAACAAAUCAAUCCCUCGAUAACUUCUGUAAAUAUUCAGUGACAUAAAUUGUCAAUUUGUACAGCACCACAGGCUUCGCCAUGUUAUUAUAUAAUAAUGUUAAUAGUAA